CUUUUUCAAAUUAUCGCACUGGUUUAUUCAGAUGGAAAUGUGCCCACAGUUAAAACACCAUUAUGGGUACUGUUAUCGGUCAGUACAAGACUUCUUACAAAGGCAGACUAUAUGAGGUCUAUGAGGGAUUUCCAUAUGCAAAGCCUCCGACAGGAAGUCUUCGAUUCGAGGAACCAGUGCCUAUUGGCCCUUGGGGAAUUUUAAACGCUACGAACAGUAAAUCAGUGUGUGCCCAGUAUUUUGAUAUUCCUCCUGACAAAAAUGGACUACCGGUGACUGAAGGUCGUGUUACAGGCUCCGAUGAUUGUCUUUAUUUAAGUAUUAAUGUUCCAGUUUUGGAGGACACUAAACGAAAGCUACCAGUCAUUUUUCUAAUUCACGGAGGAUCUUUUCAGUAUGGCAACGGCUUAACAUACGGCGCCAAAAAUAAGUAUCUGCUUGAUAGGGAUAUCGGCUUCGUCUCUAUUAAUUAUCGUCUUGGAAUACUAGGCUUUUUAAGUACCGAAGACGAGGUUCUCCCGGGAAAUCUGGGUCUCAAAGAUCAAAGUCUGUCUCUUCGCUGGACUUCGGAAAACAUCGCAUAUUUUGGCGUCGAUCCCAAUAGAAUUAUCUUAGUGGGUUAUAGUGCCGGAUCUUCAAGUGUCCAAUACCAUUAUCUUUCACCCCUCAGUCGUGGACUCUUCCAUGGAUCUAUUGGAUUAAGUGGAACGGUCUUCAAUCCGUGGGGUUUUGCACUCGGCGCAAGAGAAAAAGCCCGAAAGCUGGGUGCUAUAUUCAAUUGUCCAACACAGGAUUCACGCAAGCUAGUAAACUGCCUGAAAGGAAUACCUGCGCAAUCUUUGUUGGCUGCUACGAAAGAAUUCCAAUAUUGGCAAUUUAUGCCUGAGGCUCCAUUUACUCCUGUUAUCGAAAAGGCGGAUACUCGUCCUUUUAUCAAUAAAUCACCCAAAGAAAUUGCGAAUGCAAAAGAAGUGUACGAUGUUCCCGCUGUAUUUGGUAUGGUUAGCGAUGAGGGAUGUGACCCAGGGGCAGGAUAUGCUCCUCAUGAUAACGUUCUUAAGGAUCUGAAUGACAAUUGGAUAUCAAUAGCACCUCAUUCUCACCUUCUUCAAUAUAAUUACACUUUACCGAGGAGACUGCAUAAAAUUUUAGCGGUUGCGGCUCGAAAGUUUUAUUUUGGAAAUAAAAAAAUUAACACAACCACGGCAUCUGCAUCGAUACGCAUGUUGUCGGAUAAACAUCAUUUCACUGGUAUAGAACAAGGGGUGAGGCUACAAGCUAUGGUAACGAAAAGUCCGGUGUACUUUUAUUAUUAUUCUUUUCACGGAUCGCAAAGUCGCAGCGAAGAUCUCAAUCACACUAAAAAUAAUUACGGAGAUGCCAUAGCGAUGAUACGCUUCUUGUACUGGAAAAUAAUCUGACAGAUCCAACGAAAACAGCGAAAGAGCUGGAAAUGUCUGGUUUUCUUUUGGAUAUGUGGGAAUCUGUUGCCUAUAACGGUGUUCCUAAUGUUGGUGUUAUAUGGUAACCUACAGAUAUUUCAAAUGAAAAAAUAACAUUCUUACACAUUUAUGGACCAAGGAAUUACAGUAUGUCAGGCAAUGCAAACUUAGGCCAUAAACGCUUUUGGAGAAAGUUUUUUCCAUCGCUUAAGUGAUAUGAAACAUUUUAUCAACUAAUUUAUCCGCCUUCUCCAGCUGCUAUAUAAAACCGAUGGUAUCAUAUUUAGUUCUUAUACUGUACAAACUAUAUCUUACUCCUUGACUUGUUGUAGAUGUUCAAAUAUUAUGUAAGUUUAACAAAAUACAAACUCACACAGCGGACACCCAACUCUCAUUGGGUUCAACUCGUUGAGGAUUUAAACGCUGUAAAAGUCGUGCGUUAUAUUAAUUGGCUAUAAAUCAAAGACAAAAAUUUACAACUUUUCGCGUGGCAUGUAUUUACGAAGGGCUAUAUGACCGUGAUUUUUAUGAGCCAAUAAUGUGAUGCGGUAAACAGAAAUUGUAUCUUAAACGUAGUCUUGAAAACAUCCCAACGAAACAUUUUUAUUAUACAAAGAAAAUAAUGCUCGCCAUUGGUGGAUGAACUAAUAGUUAUUUAUAGAGCUAUGCUAUGGUGUAUUAUAAAAAUUCCUUUAUUAUAAAAUCAAUUCAAUAGUCGUAUUUCAAGCUUUAUGCGCUGAUUAUUAAUCGACCGUCUAUGUAGUAUAGUCUGAGAGAAAACCAGAUUAAAAAAACCGUAAAAAUA